ACUUGCUUCUCAAGCUUAUCUUCUCUAUAUAAAUUCCCAAACCCAAAUCUCUCAUUUACCCCCUCCCCUCCUCCAUUUCAUCUAAAACCUCACACCCUUUUUGUCUUUUUCCCUGUUCCCCAACAUGAAGAGAGAGGGUCGCCAACAUGGUAUGGUUCGAACAUGUAGAAUCCUCCCAUCCCCCUUGGACCCCAGACCGCCCGCCUCUAAGUUUGUAAAUCAGUUUGAUUCUCUUCCCACCGCUGGAUUAUUUACCAAGGUGCAGUCCAAACCCACAAAUCAUUCUAAAUUUACAGGCAAAUGCAGUCGGCCUAAAUGUUUUGGGUGUCACAUCCAUCCUGCUCGCAAGGCCAAAGACAAGACCAAAGGCUCCUACAAGCUUAAGUCUGAUGAUGUCGUUGCCAACUAUAAAUUGACAUCUUGGAAGGUCGUCGAUCGAUGUAUAGGUUCGAAUUUACCUGGAUUUUCUAACUCUAGAAUUUUAGAAGAUUUGUCCGCCAUGUACGUAGAUGACUACGAUCAUGAUCUUGAAGAUAACGAAUCUGAUAACCACUCCGACGUACGUGACCAAAUCCAUGAUAAAUCAACUUUCGAUUCUCAAUCUUCAGAAAUUAACAAUAACAACGACACUAACAAUGGUUUGGAAGAUGACGACGACUUCAGUUUUUGCGACGUGGAAAUCAUCUUAGAUCGAGCUCAAGGAGACGAAGGUUGGUGUAUAGUGGAAGAAAUGUGAAGUCCAACUUAUUUGUAUUUGUAUUGUAUUGUAUUGUAUUUUAAUCUGUAAAUUUAUAUUUGAUGUGAAAUUUUAAGUUCCUUCUAAUAAAUUUUCAGUUUCAGAACUUAUAAA